AUGAGUUCUCUCCUUCAAUCUCAUACUAGUGACUUUGAGCAAGACAGUAAUAGCUCAAAAAUGUUGCCAACAAUUGUGGAAUUCGAUUCCACAUUUGAAGUGGAAGCCACCAAAUUUGUAGAAACUGGUAAAGAGGAGGGUAUUUUCUUGACAUGGGAGGACCUUUGGGUGACUGUUUCAAAUGGAAACAAUGGAAGAAAACCAAUACUUCAAGGUCUAAGAGGCUAUGCAAAACCAGGACAACUUUUGGCCAUAAUGGGUCCUUCUGGUUGUGGCAAGUCCACUCUUCUUGAUACUUUAGCAGGAAGAUUAGGCUUUGAGACGAAACAAACGGGGAAAAUUCUAAUCAAUGGAUGCAAACGACGACUAGCUUAUGGAACAUCUGCAUAUGUGACAGAAGAUGAUAUAAUUUUGAAUACUCUAACAGUUAGAGAAGCUGUGCACUAUUCAGCUCAUCUUCAAUUACCUGACACCAUGUCUAAGGAAGAGAAACAAGAGAGAGCAGAUUACAUAAUAAGAGAAAUGGGUCUGCAAGAUGCAAUCAACACAAGAAUUGGAGGGUGGGGAUCUAAAGGAGUGAGUGGUGGACAAAAGAGAAGAGUUAGCAUUUGCAUUGAGAUCUUAACACAUCCUAGACUUCUUUUCCUUGAUGAACCAACUAGUGGACUUGACAGUGCUGCUUCUUAUCAUGUUAUGACUAGAAUUUCUGGUUUAAACCAAAAGGAUGGUAUUCAAAUGACUAUUAUUGCAUCAAUUCAUCAACCAAGUAAUGAAAUUUUCCAACUUUUUCACAAUGUUUGUCUUCUGUCUUCUGGGAAAACGGUUUACUUUGGACCUGUAUCUGCUGCAGAUAAGUUUUUCUCAUCAAAUGGUUUUCCAUGCCCAAGUCUCCAUAGUCCUUCUGAUCACUAUGUAAAAACAAUCAACAAGGAUUUUGAACAUGACCCUGAGAAAGGAUUAGGUGGAGGGCUAUGCGCAGAAGAAGCUAUUCACAUUCUUGUUAAAUCAUAUGAUUCAUCUGAAAUUAGUCACCAAGUAAAGAAAGAACUAUCUCAAAUUAAACAAAGAGUCUCAUACUCAAUGGAGAAGAAAAGCCAUGCUGAUUUUCUAACUCAGUGUCUGAUUCUUACAAGAAGAUCUUUCGUGAACAUGUAUCGCGAAGCAGGCUAUUAUUGGUUACGUCUAUUUAUCUAUGGCGCAUUGGCUUUAAGUCUUGGUACCAUGUUCUUCGACAUUGGUUCAAGCAAUCAAUCAAUUCAAGCAAGAGCUUCACUGCUUGUGUUUGUUGUUACAUUCUUGACAUUCAUAACUGUUGCUGGAUUCCCUUCUUUUGUAGAGGAUAUGAAGGUAUUCGAACGAGAAAGACUUAAUGGACAUUACGGUUUGACAGCAUUUACUAUUGGAAACACAUUAUCUGCUAUUCCAUUCUUGCUAUUGAUGUCAUUGAUACCAGGAGCAUUGGUUUAUUAUCUAGUUGGACUUCACCAAGGACAUGAACAAUUUGUGUACUUUAUAUCUAUGCUUUUUAUUUCUGUCUUGUUAGUUGAAGGUCUCAUGAUGAUUGUUGCAAGCAUGGUUCCAAAUUUUCUGAUGGGAAUAAUCUUUGGUUCUGGAAUCUUGGGAGUAAUGAUGUUAGAUGGUGGAUUCUAUAGACUACCAAGUGAUAUACCAAAGCCAUUUUGGAAAUACCCUUUGCACUAUAUUUCAUUCCACAAAUAUGCAUAUCAAGGAUUGUUCAAGAAUGAGUUUCAAGGCCUAACAUUCACUACUAGCAAUCAAGGGAUGAUUAGUGGUGAUGAGAUAUUGAAACACUUGUGGCAAAUGGAAAUUGGUUACUCAAAGUGGGUGGAUUUUGCUAUUUUGGUUGGAAUGGCCUUGGCUUAUAGAAUUAUGUUUUUGAUUAUUAUCAAGAGCUUUGAGAAGGUGAAGCCUAUUGUUGCAGCAAUUAAGUGUCCUCAAGAAAAGGUUAGGUUCACUAAAGUGACUAGGAGCAGUGAGAUUGAUUAG